UCGAGGAUGUCGGGGUUGUGCAACUUCCACUCAAAUUCGGCCGCUAUCCAGACAGUGAGCUCCCCAGAACAGAGCAGCUGCAUGGCCGGGUUAGCGGAUGGAAUAGGAUGCGGAAUGAGGGAAGGGGGGGGGGUUCACCAAGCCUGUCCCGUUCUCAUGGAAGAUAAUAUUACUUGAUUCAUUGUGCCAGAACCAUGUCUCUCCGAAGAGGAUCGAACGGAGGGUUUCGGGUGAGGUCAUUGGGUUCUUGUGGUGGAUUGCUUGGGUGGUGGUGGCCAGAAUUAACAAUUCUAGCUGGUGGUGUUUCUGUGGGACCAGGUAGUAGUAUUUUGGUUGAUGAGUUUGGUAGGGAAAAGGUGGAAGAGCUUUGCGAAGGUAGAGGUUGGAGAAUUAAAUCGAGAAGGCUGGCUUUGUUAUCCGUAAAGCUGUCUUACCUCAUGCUCAGAGCGGGCCGGGGGUCUAACAGGCAGCCACCACCCAGCUUUAUGCCUCCGGUCUUCCAGGGUCCGGAGAGACACGUGGUAGGUUAAGUCCGUUGAUGUACAUAAGUAGUAGUACCUGCCGUCACACUGACUCACCGAGGGCAUGCAUACUCCUUACCUUGACCG